AUGCAACAGGAGUGCUCGCAACCCCCAUCAGUGGACGAUACUCUAGGAUCGUUGAUUGAUCAACCAGGUGACGUAUUAGCGAGCGUUUUGUCUCAACUUCUUGAGUAUGUAGUAUAUUUUAGCAAGGGUGAAAUAUCAUUAUCUCAAGAUAAACUUAAAAUAUGCGGAACUGCAGAUAACCUGAAUGCAGCUCAAGAUUACGCACUGCGUUUUAUUAGUCCAGAAUCGGUUUCAAUUAGUACGAUUACUUCAAUGGAUUGUUUGGAAUUAUUCAGUAAUCCAACAAUAAUUUAUCAUUUUGAACUGACGUACAAUAUUGUCAUAAUUAUUAAAAAAUCUAAUGUAUUGAUUAUUAAAGGAUGUGCACUUGGAAUCAGACAUUUUUCACGAAUUCUACAUUUAUUAGAGUCAUUUUUAGAAGUCAAAUGUGCUCAUUUAAGCGAUUUAAAAGUCUCAAUUUUGAAGACAUUAUGUGAGAAGUAUUCCGUGAACUAUAAUGGUUUACAGUGCACUGACGCAAUGAAGCUAGCUCUCAUAAAUUAUUUCAUUUCUUUAGAAAAACCUGAUGCUACUGUAACUUCUGGUAGUCUCCUAGUUGAUUCAGCAGUUGGAAAUGUACAUUUUGUAGAGGCUUAUCGUAAGUGUGAAGCAAGUAACUCAGAAUCAAUUAAUCUAGAUAAUGAAUCGAACCCAUUGUCUUUAUUAACAAAUUCUUCUAAGACAAAGUCAGAUAAAUCGUUAAAAUCUCGCUUAAGACCCAUUAUAAUUGACGGUAGUAAUGUGAGUUUCGCCCAUGGAAAACAAAAAGAAUUCAGUGUUCAGGGAAUUCGUCUAGCCUUAGAUUACUUCAAAAAACGUGGCCAUAAAGAUAUAGUUAUUGUAGUACCUAGACAUUAUCAAGGCAAAGGUGGCCGUUAUUUCGAUGAACUUGAGCAUUCUGGUAUGUUGACUUAUACACCAUCACGAACUUUGAAUCAAGAAAGACAAGCAGUGUAUGAUGAUCGGUAG